AUGGCACUCAACGAUACGCCUACGUGUGAAUUAUUACAAAAGCAAAUUGUACAUCUUGAAAUUACCGAUUUUCAAGAAUGUGCCUCUAUUCCAUUAGGUGUCAUUGCACAAAAGUUUAAUCGUCUUCAUGAUCUUAGUCUGUUCUUGGAAAGUCCAACAGUUUUGGUCGAUUCACUUAUUCUACAAGUGCUUUCAUUGUGGAGAGAUAAGUACGUUCGAGGAUACUACAUCAAAGGUUCGCUAAUAGAUGAAAUAAGUAAAAAUCUUCGUCAAUGGCUUAUCGAUCAUAAUCAUUUACGACAAGAAGAUUCAUUCAUUGCUGAAUACGACAAAAAUUGGACUGAUAUAUGGCUUGAAUGA